AUCAGCUCAUUUCUUUCCUUAAUUUUACUCUGUAUACUAGUUUCUCUUUGUCUUCAGAUUGCCUGGUUAGAUAGGGUCGUAAACCAUCAGGAAUGUGAACACAACCCCCAAGUCUCUCUUCUUAUCAGUGUUGGGGGGAGGGGAAAGGCGGGCUUUCUUUGUGUGAAAAGAGUUGCUUUUGGCCUGUGGAAUGCCAGAUCAACUUGGGCUACGCAUUUGGAUGUGUUGUUCGAGGCUGGUCUCUAUUCUCAAAUAUUUGACAAUAAAAUUAGAAAAUACCUAUUCUGUGAUUGGUGUAUAUUCGAGAUCAGUUUAUGUGUCAUCUAAGUAACUUGGGACUGACCAGCGUUUUACAUCCCACUUGGAGGAACAUCUGGUCAAACGCAACAAUUUGGGGGCUCGUCCGGGAUGACACGCUGACAAUUGGACCUUCUCUUGCAAUCUUCUGGACAGACUCACAUGGCCAAAACAUAAUUCAAGGUAAGCAGAACCUUUCUUUUUAGAUAAAAUCUGCAUUAGGAGUCUGCCCAGAAGUCUGUAAGUUAAACACUGCUUUGUACCGCAGACACAGAAUGGUGAUUUUGAUAGAUUGAUUGCAUUUUUGCCGAGCCUGCCAUUGCAUUAAAAUUGUAAAUAGGUGGUCAACUCACGCCAUUGUGUCUCGAUUACCGUGACGGGCAGUUUCAUUGACGAGUGAACUAAUAGUUGGGUGUGGCUCACCCUGGGUAGUUGGUCGCCGCCUAAAAGAGUAACGGGUUAAAGGCCCUCGUAUGAUAUGGAGGUUAGAGGCCUGCAUAUUGCACGAUAAAUUGCACGGGUUAGAGUUAGAGGCUCUAGCUGCGUAUUGUACGAAAAAUUACGGGGUUAAAGGCCGCCGUAUGGUUUGUGGGUUAAAGGCCUUCAGGGGUUCGAGGCCCUUCUGAAAAAAAUAGACACAAUGGCCACUGAGUGUGACAGACAGGAAUGUGAUGGCGGUCGGGGAGGAAUGUGAUGAAUCAUUACUGUGUAAUGAUCAAUUGAAUGGACGGUUGUCGACAAUAAAAUUAGCAAGUAGAGUUUAAAAAGAAAAAAAAGAGAACGUUCCUUGAAAGGGUUAAGAGGGAGUUUACAAUACUCGAAAAGUUGUGAACUCAAACGUCAGGUAAAAUAAAAAAUAAAAUAAAAAAGUAACUGGAAGUUUUAUGGUAAAGUGAAACGCAGAGAGAGUGCUUACGUGUGUGUGUGUGUGUGUGUGCGUAGGGCUGUAGGCACUUGCUUGUGUGUGCGUGAGUGCUUACACGUGCUUGUGUGUGUGUGUGCGCUGGUGAAAAUGGCCAAGGAGUGUGACAGACAAGAAUGUGAUGACGGCUGGGGAAAAUGUGAUGAAUGGUUAUCGUUCAAUGAUCAAUUGAAUGUGCUUUUGGUAACAAUGGAGUCCGCGGGGAGAGACAAAAAGGAACGAAGUAAAGUAGUUAAGGAGAUGACUCGAGCACAGGGCGAGGAACCUAACGGGUUAAAAGAAGGCUUACAGAACUUAUGUGCUCGAGAAUAUAAGCGUUUGACGAAUGAGAAAAGGAAGCUAGAGGGAAUUCGAGUAAGCGGGAGUUACAUGGAAAAAAGAAAAGCUGCUAAAGAAAUGAAAACAAUUGAGAUAAACAUGAAAAAAUGGAUUGACUGGUCUUUCGCCUGUCGCGCAUGCGCAAGACAAUUCAAACGACCCGCCCAGACUUUGACUAAGCCACCGCCCUAUGACGUAAAGCCGGAGGCGUCUUUAUACCCACUUUUGACAGUCACAGGAGGAGCCCUGGUGGUCGAAACAGAAACAAAGCUCUCUGGUCCACCCCCUACUCCUGUGACAAAUGAGGGCGGUGCUCACACAGCCUCUCUAAGAUUGAACCCUCCUCCAAAACUAAUGCUGUCUCCUGAGUGUAAAUCACCUCUGGUGCCUAAGCCCCAAAAUAACAGCCACCCAGCGGAAAACCUCCCGAAUAUGCCUAAUCUUACUAGACAGCAGAUAAUGCAUGAGUCAAUGCAGAACUCCUCACUUUACACGCCAGACCAUUUUGUUGCCAUAAACAAAUGCCCUCCCCCAGUAGAUGACAGUCUCUCACGUGCACAUCAGACAUUCUCGAACAACACACAACAGAGCCAGACUUUGUGGUCUCCUGUAACUGUUAAUGGCUCAAUGGAAGGCUACAUUGACCAACACCCACAUGAACCACAUGCAUACAACACACAACAGAGCCAGACUUUGUGGUCUCCUGUAACUGUUAAUGGCUCAAUGGAAGGCUACAUUGACCAACACCCACAUGAACCACAUGCAUACAACACACGCUUAAAAAAAAAGCUGGAGGGACACGCAUAUCCACUUUUUCCUGAUAAUAGCGGCAGAUUCCAAUAUAAGCCUUUUGCUGUUGCAGACAUACAGGCCAUCGUUGACAAACUCCCACCUGUGUCUGAAGGUGGGAGUCUUUGGCUUAAUACGUUAGACAAACUAACAGCAGGAUACACACUCUCAGUAGGAGACUUUAGGGGCAUUUUGUAUCGUUGUGUUUCCACGCAAGAUGGCCAAAACAUGGAACAACAAGCAGGAUUAAUGGCUGAACCUCAGACCCUGCCAAUAACACCAUACAUUCACGACAUAGCUACUGCUAUGCGCAGUCUCUUUCCUCUUCCGUGUCAAAAUGCCACACCCACUUAUCAGUGGAAAGAUGGUGAGUCACCUUAUGUAUUCAUAAGUCAAGCUAAAGAGCAAUGGUCACGUGCUACAGGUGUGCACCCCAGUAAAGAAGGGGAACACCGACAGUUUUUUAGACGAGCCGUACUUGACGCAAUGCCAACUGUGGUGAAAAAAAGGAUGGAUGCUAAUCCUGAUAUACCAGGAGCUGACGGUGCUACCUGGGAGAGGCACCUUAUCCACCACAUGCAGAAUUGGACUAAGCAAGGUGAAAAUGAUAAGGCUGAGGACAGAGCAGUAAGGAAACAACUCCUUAAUUUACAAAUUGAUGUAGCAAAAAUGUCUAAAGACCCUAAAGGUCACAAAUCUGCUAAAGUGUAUUCGGCAACGGGUGAACUUGCUUUUGAACUACAAAAGAUGGAGGAAAGAAUCCUCAAUAAACUUGAAACCAGACCCUCAGGCUCAGGUGGUGGACGCGGCGUUUCAAAGUCAAUCCGGGGAAGAAACUGUUUCAACUGUGACCAGCCUGGUCACUGGAGCCGAGACUGUCCGAGUAUUUCCGAACAGGAAUGGUUCCGUCGUGCCGGCAGACGAACACGAGGUCGUGGCAGAGGGCACCCACAGCAGAGCUCCUCCCAACAGCAGCCACAACAACAGCAACAAUACCACGCCCCCAGGUCCGCCUUAGCGCCUGGCGCCUCCGCCUACUUCCUGGGUGACGACGUGGACCAAGGGGGGGUCUUCUGAAGCUGCCCACAGCAGGAGCCACAGCAGGAAAUACAGACAGGCCCCCUGCUGGACAUAGUUGUCAAUGGACAAUGUUAUCAGUUCAUGAUUGACACUGGCGCUACACAUUCACUUUUGAAUGCAGUAGUUCCAAAGAAACUGUGUGCUUCCUUUUUAAAGGUUGAAGGCUUUGCUGGGGUCACAAGGAUGUUACCUGUCACCAAACCACUUCCGGUUCAGAUUGCUGGACACUCGCUAAAGCAUCCCUUCGUGGUUGAUCAUCACACACCUUGCCUGCUCGGUAAUGAUCUGCUUUACAAACUGUACCCUGACAUCCAAUAUCGCACAGAAGGAACCUUCCUGGUGUUACCUGACGGCACUAUCACCAAGCUGCGACACCACUAUAAAGGCUCCUCCAUGUUUGUGCUCAUGCCUCAACCUGAGGUACCACAAAUGGCGGACAUCUACUGGACACGCCUCCUCCCGGAAACAAGUGAAGGACAAGGGCUGCUCCUGCUCUUCUAUCAGUGGAAGCCCUGGCUGACCGAGCUGCGUCCGUAUGUACCACCACCUGAUCCGCCACAUGUCACCUUAUAUUAUGAUCGCCAAUCUGAUGAAAGUUACCAAGAAGGUUUUGACACCAUAGCAGGGAAAGAGUGGCCUUUGGCCUACACUCACAUCUAUGCUGGAGCUCAGGGUGUGUCCGCCCAUGUCGAUUUCACUCCUCAACAGAAAAAAUGGUAUAAAAUGGACGCUACGGCAGUCCCACAUUGUUCUCUUGCUCUUUGUCCCGCCUACCAAGCCAAGGACUUGGGUCCAAUGACAAAACAGGGAGUAUCUGCCACUGAUUGGGUAGACACCCAAAUACCACACUUACAACAUUCUGACUCAGUUGAUAUGUUUCGUAUCUCCUGCUCUCAGACUGCUGACCUCGGGGUUCUACAACAUCUUCAGGUCGCUCGAGAGCAUGGGCAAGAACGAACAGACCAUCCUGAAGCUGCUGACAUGUUAAACACCCUCCCACUGACCGUUUGGUCUCAAGGUCCCACAGAUGUUGGUCUUGCUGUCAAUGCGUCCCCUGUCUCUGUCAAAAUUGACACCAGUAGUGUGGUACAUGUCAGACAAUACCCACAAAAACAACAAGCCAUAGAUGGCAUUACAGAUACCAUCUCAGGCCUUAAACAAUCUGGAGUAUUGGAACCCUCCAACUCUAAAUGGAACACACCUAUUUUGCCUGUUCCAAAAACUGGCACCUCUGUGUACCGGAUGGUACACGAUCUUAGGGCCGUUAAUGACGUCACAGUGACCCCUCCCAUACCUGUUCCUAACCCUUACACAGCACUCACCCAUCUGACCACUGCACACUGUUAUUUCUCUGUCAUUGACCUAGCGAAUGCUUUCUUUUGCAUCCCUAUCGCUGAAUGCAUCAAACAUGUCUUUGCUUUCACCUUUCAAGGUCAAAAGCUGCAGUACUCCCGCCUCCCACAAGGUUGGAAACUGUCGCCUGGCCUUUUCAACCAGCAAUUACGAGACGAUCUGGCCUCAGUGGAGCUUUUUGACGACACAUUUGUUGUCCAGUAUGUAGAUGACAUACUCAUCGCUGCUUCUUCUCCUACCUCAUGCCUGGCGGCCACCCUAGCUGUUCUUCAGCGUCUGGCCUCAACAGGAUACAAGAUUCGUGGACAACAAUCCACUCCUCCAGGGACCCUCCCUCCCGUAGAGUGGGUCAAGCUCAAAGUCAUCAAACGCAAGUGGACGGAGCCCAGGUGGACUGGUCCCUUCAAGGUCGUGGAACGGACGUCUCACGCCCUUCGACUAGCUGGUAAAGGGGACACCUGGUACCACCUCUCCCUCUGCACUCCUGCUGAAGAACCUGAUAGAUCACCAGCGGAUGUCAUUGCUGACAUAGCCACAUCAUCUGCCCCACUCGACCCCCUAGCAGCGCCUUUUGAGCCUGAGGCAGCUGAAGAAGAACGGGAGCAGAAAACGACUCAUUUUUAGUGGGUGUGUUAACGA